UAGUCCUGUAUGGACAGCGGCACCGACUUCAGCUGCCUCCACCUGAGGGUCAACCAACACGUGAUAGAUAGGUAGAUUGAUGCGUGUUUGUCACCGUGGACGCCGGGACAGUCAUCCACCCACGUGCGGGAAUAGGAGGCAGAUCUGUCUCGUUCGGAGCAUCUCUCCAGCAUGCAGGUGAUAGCGUGCGCGCUGUUUGCGCUCGUCGCUCUCCCCGUCAGCACCGCGUCGGAGGCUGCGUCGUGCCCCGCAGUGUGCGAGUGCUCCGAGUGGAAGAGUCACACGAUCUCCUGCUUUGACAUUGAUAUUCUCCCCAGGUUUCCAGCCAGCACGGAGACGCUAUGGCUUUUCGAGACCCGUCUGCUAUCUGUGCCGAGCGAUGCUUUUUCCAACCUGGUCAACGUCUCAAGAAUAUACAUAUCAGUAGACGUGACGCUGCAGAGGCUGGAGAGACACUCAUUCCACACCCUGAGGAAAAUCACUCACAUAGAGAUACGCAACACAAAGCGACUAACUUACAUCGACCCGGAGGCCUUUAAGAAUCUCUCGAACCUCAAAUACCUGGGGAUUUUCAACACUGGCCUUACUCGCAUCCCUGACUUGAGCAACAUCCACUCUAAUGACAUGAACUUCAUGUUGGAAAUUGUAGAUCACCCCUACAUCACUGAAAUCCCGGCCAACUCGUUCCGCGGCAUCACCAGCGACGUACUGACAGUGAUGCUGUAUGGAAACGGCUUCAGAGAAGUCCAGCAUCAUGCCUUUAAUGGCACCAGGCUGGAUCAGGUCGACCUUCACAGGAAUAAGUAUUUAACCAGGAUGGAUGACAAGGCGUUUGCGGGGACCAUCAGCGGCCCCAUGCUUCUCGACGUGUCUCUGACCGGGAUCAGCUCGCUGCCGGCGGUCGGCAUGGGGUCGCUCCGGGAGCUGAAGGCGCGCGACGCCUGGGCCCUGAAGAAGCUGCCGCCCAUCAAGACCUUCAGGCACCUCACCACGGCCAACCUCACCUACCCCAGCCACUGCUGCGGCUUCAAGAGCCUCAAGAAGAAGCGGGGCUUUUUGGAGUACAUCAUCUGCAACCUCACUGCCGUCUAUGACCAGCAUCACAAGCGCUCGGUGGGGCCCCUCCGCACGCCGUCUCUCCAAGAAGACAGCGUGGUGGAAGCAGCCGCGGACCAGGAGCCGCACAACGGCGAGUCCCAGCAGGAAUGGCGGCGCGGCGACUCCCAGGGCAGCCUCCAUUACCACGCCUACUUCGGGGGCCAGCCCGACGAGGGGGUGGGCUUCGGGGAGACCCUGAAGAACCCCCAGGAGGACACCGGCCAGGACUUCGACAGCCGCUACGACUAUGUGGUGUGCGAGGAGGGCGAGGAGGUGGCCUGCGCCCCGGCGCCCGACGAGUUCAACCCGUGCGAGGACAUCAUGGGGUUCGGCUUCCUGCGGGCGUCCGUGUGGUUCGUGAGCCUCCUGGCGCUGGUGGGGAACGUGCUGGUGCUGCUGGUGCUGCUCACCAGCCACUACAAGCUGUCGGUGUCGCGCUUCCUCAUGUGCCACCUGGCCUUCGCCGACCUGUGCAUGGGCAUCUACCUGCUGCUCAUCGCCUCCGUGGACGUCCACACGCGCUCCGAGUACUUCAACCACGCCAUAGACUGGCAGACGGGCCCCGGCUGCGGCCUGGCCGGCUUCCUCACGGUCUUCGCCAGCGAGCUGUCCGUCUACACGCUGACGGCCAUCACUCUGGAGAGGUGGUACGCCAUCACCUUCGCCAUGCGACUGGACCGGAAGCUGCGGCUGCACCACGCGGCCGCCGCGAUGCUGGGCGGCUGGCUCGCGUGCCUCGUCCUGGCGCUGCUCCCGCUCCUCGGGGUGAGCAGCUACCAGAAGGUGAGCAUCUGCCUCCCGAUGGACACCCAGUCCACGGUGGCCGAGGUCUACGUCCUGUGCGUGCUGCUCCUCAACAUCCUGGCCUUCUUCAUUAUCUGCGCCUGCUACUUGAAGAUCUACUGCGCGGUGCACAACCCUCACUACCGCUCUGGGUCCAAGGACACCAACAUCGCCAAGCGCAUGGCCGUCCUCAUCUUCACCGACUUCCUGUGCAUGGCGCCGAUCUCCUUCUACGCGAUGUCGGCUGUGCUGGACCAGCCGCUCAUCACCGUCUCCAACUCCAAGAUCCUGCUGGUGCUCUUUUACCCGCUCAACUCCUGCGCCAACCCGUUCCUCUACGCCAUCUUCACCAAGGCCUUCAGGGGGGACGUCUUCAUCCUGCUCAGCAAGGUGGGCCUGUGUCAGAAGCGAGCGCAGCUGUUCCGGGGUCAGACGGUGUCGUCCAAGGGCAGCAGCGGAACAUGUCGGGCCCGUAGGAAUCAGGGCGCGCUUGAAAAAGCAGGAGGCAGUGGCCAGGAGGAGGUCAUCCACCUGAAGAAGUGCCCCGGACGCCAAGCGGUCGACCAGCAGAGACCAGAAGAGAGCCACAGUCUGGACACCAGCUCCAGGUAGGAAACCGGGACAGGUCCAGGCGGGACACCAGAGACCUCCAGGUGUUUGUCCACAGAUCUGUUUGGAUAUUUAACUCUAUUUUGUACCUGCUUCAGUUUUCGGGCCGAAUUCACCUGUUUUCACAAUUAUCCUAUUGUUCCAGUUCUUGGAGGAUAUCAAGUGGCACUGAAAUAUGAGCUAGACUUCAUCCCACUCUGUGUUCCAGUGGACUAGUUAUAACAAAGGUUAUUCACAAUGCAAAAACUCAAAGUGCAUAAAAUCCAUUUUUAAAUCUUUUCAGUUACACAUGGAGUUUAAUUGAAACUGUCUUUGCAGUCUGGCAUCAGCAUACAAGCACGUCAAGGACAGACUUCCCUCUGUAUAUAAUGUAAAUACACUAUUUUAUACAUUUGUCAAGUAUUUACCUGAAACUCAAAAGUAACUUUGGUUUGUUCUACUACACAAGUGUGAUGUUGAACGGUUUUAAGUGUAAGCGGACUGAACUUCUGUGUGACUUCCUUCUGCACCAAACCGACAUAUCACUCUCUUGCAUCUGUAAAACGUGUGCCUGCAUUGGUGUGUGUAUGUUACUAUGAACGUUAAAUUCCUCUCACAUCGAUGCAGCAAAGUGCCGUCUGCACGUGCACCUACUUUCAGUAUUAGCCAUUUUCUGCAAAUUACUGCAAGUAUGAUAAUCACAGAUAUAUACUGUGCCGGUGAGGCUGUGUCUCUGCUCUGGAAUGUCGUGGUUGUUUUUCCAACGUGAUUGUGGUGUUUUUCCAUCCUCUUACGGAAGCGCGUGACUUAUACCAUCAGCAGCGAUCGCUCCGUCGUCACCGAGAGGGCUUAAAGCAAAUACAGCUGUAACGUACGAGUUAAAGGACGCCCUCUGCCAAUGGCGGCUUAACAUCUGGUUAACAUUUCAUCCGUGGGGUGACAUUUUUUUCAAGGCAAUAUUCAGAAUGAAUGGGGUGAGCGGGUGAAGGGAACUUUCCGGGAAAGAGGGAUCAUUUCAGGUAGUUUUUUUUUUUUAUUCUGGCCGCAAAACUGUUUAAAAUAAAUGUGGUCCGACUGAUGAACAGUAUGGAAAAUAUAGUUCAACAUCACGCUACUGUGUUGACAAAGCGUGGCUGAAUUUGAACUGAUAAAAGCCUCGGAAUGGUUUCUAGUCUCAUCAUCAUCAUCAUCAUCAUCAUCAUCAUCAUCAUCAUCAUCAACAGAAUGCUUCCACGGCUUCAUGUCUAUGUCUUUGUGCCACUUAAUGUUAACUCGCAGACCAUGCUUGUUUCAUGAGUGUGUGAAUGUCGGAGUCUGUAGUGAUCGAAGUCAUCGAGCAUUUGUGGCAGCGAACACCCAGGCGCGGGGGCGGUGACGCGUGCCGACGCCUCUGAGACGACACCUUCGCUUGGAUUUCAUGUCACUUUCCAAGAGGCUACAAGGAUCGUCAUUCAGAGAGUCACACACACAAACACACACAAACUGGCAAAAAGGGCUGAACAGUCCGAUCAAGGCUCGAGGAUGAGAUUUAUUUUGACAUUCCUCGUGUAGCUGGUUCCCAGGGCUGCCUCAUCAUUCCUCUUCCAGUAUUACAAAUAAACCCAUCUCCAGGCCGUUCCUCAAAUAAGCAGAGUAGGACCCAGAGAUGCAGGUUGCUGGAGUCAAGUACAGCAGGAGGAGAAAGUGACGGUCUUUCAGGCUUGGUCACGUUUUGAAAGUCAAAGUGUCCGUCCAGCUCUUGUUCCUAGCAACUUGAAACCCUUAGAUUAGUGACGUCAUUCCUCGCGCUGGUCCACGGGCUAGCACACAUGUUCGGCCCUCUUGAAGAGUCAAGUUCCUCUCUCACACAGAAAACCCUCACAUGACUAAUAGAGUGAACUGUGGCUUUGUCAGUAAGUAAAGACAUAGACAUUCAUAUCCGUGACUCAAUAAUGACAAUUUGCAAUAAAUGCAAAAGCGGUGGGCUAACUAGUCACUUAACAGCAGGAAGAACACACCUAGACAACCUGGAAUCAGCCCUGUAAGAGAACAUUCCUUUAAAGGUUGUGUCAUAAAACAGUCACCAGCAAGUGAAUGAAAUAAAAACACCUCAAAGGACGUUCAAGCCUCCUUGUCCCAGAUACAGUAACCCUUUUCCGACACUGCAUUGAUAAACUGAACAUGCCAGAUUCCGGGAUACUACAUCCCACUGAAGCCAUCGAACUCUAUUUUGCCCCGCAGCUUACUGGCAGCCACCGUCAGCUGGCGCUGCUAAGCAGAGAAAGCUUUACACUCCAAGCCAGACAUCUCCUGGGCCUCAUUACGAGCCUCAUUCACCAGCAGCUCAGACUCUUAUGUCUGAGUGCCCAGGAGUAGCACGAGGGCCCACUUCAGCAAAAGUAGCCAGAGAUACAUUUUUCCUGAUCUACAGUAGGUCUGUUCAGGGCUGAAUGCGUCUUUGUGAAGGGUGAUAUAUUGUAGAAGUGGCAGCCUGCCUCAAAUCCAUUUACAAUCAAGGGCAAAAAUCUCCAUGUAGUUUCUGAUUCGGGUCUAAUCCCAAACAGCACCACACCUUUAUCUCCUAAUUACCAGCGAGGAAAUACGCAGGGAUUGUGAGGGUUUGGCUGGAAAUGACAGGAAAGGCAGGGAGAACGCCCAUGCUGUGCAAACCCUGACAAGCAUCCAGAUGCUGGAUUAUACAGCCAGAAAAGCCCAGAUGAAGACAAGCAGACGCACAGGAAAUGUAUUAAGUUAGCCGUCGCAACCACAUUCACCUCACGGGUAUUUGUGCAGGUGCCAAGGAGCCGGUGGAACGAUAAGCUCAGCUGAUUUUACUUUAAAAAUUUAUGUCUGCAGUUGCCAGAAGAUGAAAACUAUGGCAGAGCAUCAUGGGAAAAUGUUUGAUGUAGCCUAAAUUAUUCAUAACGUUUAGGGGGGAAAUAUCCAGCACAAAUAAUAGCUCAAUGUUAUUUUUUAAAAAUGUAUUUAUUAACAUUUAGCCAAACGCAAAGUAAAUGUGUUCUAGUAAUAAUGAUGGUUAAAUAUUUAGUUAAGCGAUUUUAACAGUAUGUUCUUUAAAUGAAAACACUUGAUAUUGCUUGAUAUUGUUCAGGAGCCAACGUCAACGUUUAGUUUCACUGUGUCACCACUUCGAUCGUGGCUUCUGCUGCUGUUGGUGGUGAUGAUGUCAUUUGAUCACGCUGCGGGGUGACCUGAGGAGCUACUGGAGGAGAAUUUACAAAAGGAAAAAGGCAGAAGUGACAUUUUGUCGAAGUUCUGUUUCAAACAUGAUUUAAUUAAAAAAAAUUAAAAUGAGUAAAAUAAACAACACGUAAAGUAAUUGCAACAGCAGUUAGAACAAGCACACACGCGACUAAACAAUUAAGCACACAAUUCCAUAGCAAGUCAUAGUCACCUAUCACCUGUAAACACCAGAGCUGAAAAGAAGUUAAAAGGCACAUACACAACAUCCAGCGAUUGAGAUUGACUUUAGCAACAUGUGAUCUAGUGGGAUUUUUGGAACUAAUCAUCGAAAGCUACCAAACUUCUUCAUAUUAACAGUGUGUAUUAUUUAAUACAGAAACUGUUUGCAUCAAUGUAGUUUAAAUGACAAUUAUUAAUAUAACAAAAAAAAUAAUUUAUUCCAAUGAAUUCCUGCAUUAGGGAGUUUAGAUUUGGAUCUGCAUAAAACUGUGUUAAUGUAGUUUCUUUACAACAUUUUACUCUUUUACAGAGUUGACCAACAACCAAAUUGGCAGUCAGAAAAUGUACUUUAUUUCAAAUUGCUGCAACAGAGGCAGGCUAAAAACAAACUGCAGAGACACACACGCCCCCCCAGAGUUAAACUCACUUCGAUAGAAAAUAUUCUCAUUUUAAAAGUCAUGAAUAAAAUAAAAGCACAGAAAAUCGCAGUGGACGAAAUGAUUUAGAACACAGCGCUGUACAGCUUUGUCCAUUCAACAGAAAAAAAAGGAACACUUAUAAGAUUAUAAGAGCACAGUUUGGUGCGGCUUUCAUAAAAAAAAAAAUCAUCAACUUCCAGGAAUAAAUAGGAAAAACAAACAAAAAAAAAA